UCAGGACGGGGAAAAAUGGCAAAACUUCUCAAUCCAGAAGAAAUGACGUCACGGGAUUAUUACUUUGAUUCCUAUGCCCAUUUUGGAAUUCAUGAGGAAAUGUUGAAGGAUGAAGUUCGUACAUUGACAUACAGAAACUCCAUGUACCACAAUAAACAUGUGUUUAAGGAUAAAGUUGUACUGGAUAUUGGCAGUGGCACUGGAAUACUAUCCAUGUUUGCAGCCAAAGCUGGUGCACGGAAAGUAUAUGGGAUUGAAUGCUCCAGUGUGUCAGAAUAUUCCGAAAAAAUCAUCAAGGCAAACCACCUGGAUAACAUAAUUACAAUAUUUAAGGGUAAAGUAGAAGAAGUGGAAUUGCCUGUGGAUAAAGUGGAUAUCAUCAUUACUGAAUGGAUGGGAUACUGUCUGUUCUACGAGUCAAUGCUUAACACUGUCAUUUUUGCAAGAGAUAAGUGGCUGAAACCUGGAGGGCUCAUGUUUCCUGACCGAGCUGCUUUAUAUGUCGUUGCAAUUGAAGACAGACAAUAUAAGGACUUCAAGAUUCACUGGUGGGAAAAUGUGUACGGCUUUGACAUGACCUGCAUCAGGGAUGUUGCCAUAAAGGAACCUCUUGUGGACAUUGUAGACCCAAAGCAAGUGGUGACCAAUAACUGCUUGAUAAAGGAAGUUGAUAUAUACACUGUAAAGACAGAGGAAUUAGCAUUCACUUCUGCAUUUUGUCUUCAAGUUCAGCGAAAUGAUUAUGUUCAUGCCUUGGUCACUUAUUUCAACAUUGAGUUUACAAAAUGCCAUAAGAAAACUGGAUUUUCAACAGCUCCAGAUGCCCCUUAUACACACUGGAAACAAACAGUCUUCUAUCUUGAAGAUUAUCUAACAGUACGGAGAGGGGAAGAACUUUAUGGAACAAUUUCAAUGAAGCCCAAUGCAAAUAACAUUCGGGACCUAGAUUUCACGGUAGAAUUGGAUUUCAAAGGACAGCUCUGCGACGCCUCAAUUUCUCAUGACUACAAAAUGCGCUAGCAAAACGGCAUGAGAAGAUUCAUCAGCCCUCUCUACCUGCCAUACUUGAAG